CAUCGUGUACUCUGAACCUGAACGAGUGAUUCUUUAGAUCCCGCUGUUCAAGUGUCCCGGAAUCAUUAAUUUCCAAAUAGAUACAAAUUAAAUUAGAAUUUUAGUGCAAAUGUUCUGUUCAUUUUGAUUUCGUAGUUGUAUGAGGUUUUUUAAAUACACAGUUCAACUGCUAGCAGAGACAGUAAACAAAACCUUCCUCAACAAUUGUAUAUUGAAGUAUUGAUCGAGAAAAUGAGUGAAAUCGAAGGAAAUGCAGUUUUGGCAAACGCCCUCAAAGAGCAGGGCAUCGAAUUUGUGUUUGGUAUCGUCGGAAUUCCAGUCAUAGAACUAGGAAUGGCUCUCCAGACAGCAGGUAUUCACUAUGUAGGUAUGCGCAACGAGCAAGCUGCCUGCUAUGCCGCCCAGGCUAUUGGUUACCUCACAGGAAAACCUGGUGUAUGUCUUGUUGUAUCUGGACCAGGCCUGAUCCAUGCUUUUGGCGGCAUGGCCAACGCACAAGUAAACUGUUGGCCUCUGUUGGUCAUUGGUGGAUCCGCCCCUCAAGACCACGAGGGUAUUGGAGGGUUCCAAGAAACAAUACCACCUCAGGUGGAACUUGCCAGACCUUACUGUAAGUAUUCAGCUCGACCUCCUAGUGUCAAUUUAAUACCAAUGCACGUAGAGAAGGCUCUACGUAUGACAACUUACGGAAGACCAGGUGUAGCCUACCUAGAUUUUCCCGGAAACUUGCUACAAGCCCGUAUACCUGAAGAAGCUGUUCCUCAACAGUAUGUAAGUCCGGAGCCUCCAAUGAUUUUCCCCAAUCCUCAACUUAUUGAAGAAGCUACCAAGUUGUUGGUAGGUGCACAAAAGCCUCUGGUAAUUGUCGGAAAGGGUGCAGCUUACUCCAGGGCUGAGAAUGAAAUUGUUGAACUUGUGGAAGCAUCUAACCUUCCGUUUCUAGCCACACCCAUGGGAAAAGGUGUUGUGUCAGACAGAUCUCCCAAAUGUGUUGCCCCAGCACGGUCUCUGGCUCUGCAAGAAGCCGAUGUCAUCCUAUUGCUAGGUGCUAGGUUGAAUUGGAUUUUACAUUUUGGCAGACCGCCAAGGUUUUCUCCAGAUGUGAAGGUUAUUCAAAUCGACAUCAACGCUGAAGAAAUGAACAAUAGUAUCAAGUCUGCUGUAGGUAUCCAGAGCGAUAUCAAACCUGCAGUAUCCCAGCUAUGUGCAAAAUUGAAAUCCAGAAAUUUCGUGUUUUCUGAUACAAACCAAUGGUGGAAGAAACUGAAGGCCAAAUGUGAAGGGAACAAGAAAGGAGUUGAGGCUAUGUCAAAAGAUACUACCACGCCGUUGAACUACUACACAGUUUUUCAUCAUGUACAAGAAAUCCUGCCUAAGAACUGCAUUAUAGUGAGUGAAGGAGCUAAUACUAUGGAUAUUGGUAGAACUAUGCUCUUGAAUGACCUCCCCAGACAUAGACUCGACGCUGGUACUUUUGGUACUAUGGGGGUUGGUUUAGGUUUCGCCAUUGCUGCAGCGCUGUAUUGUCGCCAUUAUGAACCCUCUAAGAAGGUGGUUUGUGUUGAGGGUGAUUCUGCUUUCGGUUUUUCUGGUAUGGAAAUCGAAACUAUGAUCCGAUAUAAACUUCCUGUUGUGAUUAUAAUUGUGAAUAACUCUGGCAUCUAUAGUGGCGUUGAAAAAGAGGUGUUUGAGGAGAUCCAGAAUAGCGACGAGUCUACUAAAACAAUUCCUCCAACCACUCUCAAUUUUGCAACUCAGUAUGAAUCCAUGCUGAACAUGUUCAACAGGAAAGGACAUUUCUGCCAGACUAUCCCAGAAGUCCAGAAGGCAGUAAAGGAGUCAUUACAAGUAACCGAUGGCCCUAGCAUAAUAAAUGUUAUUAUAAGUCCAACUGCAGAUAGAAAACCUCAAACGUUUUCUUGGUUAACCGAGUCGAAACUAUAAUUUUUUUUUAUUCAUAUUGUGAAAAAAAUUGUUCUUUGAUUAAAUAUGUGUAUAUUUUCAUGUU